GGGACUCUGGGUCUGGAUCUCCUUGUCAAGAUGAGGAAGCCUUCGUGUCCAUCCGCUGUAAGGACCAGGCACCUUUGCAAUUCGGAAUAUUGGAUUGAAAACUGAAGGAGUGCUCUGUAGAAGAUGAAAUGGAAGGAACAAGGCUCAGUUGAAAAUUCCUGUCAUAGUAGAAAAUGGAUAAGAGAGAGAGGUAUUAUUUUGUUUUUACUAGUAUAUAUGUCUCCAAGUAAGGUUUGUUAAAGGAGAUUUAUGAGGCUGGAAUUCUGUGAGCUAAAACUGGGUGUGUGAAGAUUUGAACUGCUUUGUGAACUGCAUUGAGACUGCGAAGGAGGGGAGUUUGCUGGGAGAAGAACCCGCCUCUAAUUGACUUGAUGCAGUUUACAACUUGCACUGUGGAGUGAGGAGGCUAUAAAGAUUUACAACUUGCAGUGCUGAAGAAGGACUGGUUGUGGAGAGCAGGAGGAUCUCUCAGGGAAAACUGCAAAUGGUUUAGUAGGGGAAUCUCUCCUGGUUGGCAACAUUGACUGUGGUUUGGAAUGAAUGGAGGGGAGGAAGAGACAGGACUUUGGAAAUAUGAUCUCCUCUUUUGCGAAACGGACUCCGAUGGGCAACCUUGAGAUUCUUGGCAGCAGAACGUCUGAGACAAAUUGCAUAAGGACUGCUUAUGGCAAGAAUUAAAACAUGGAUUGCCACUGAAUGGAAGGAGUUUAACAAAGACAGCCUCAUUCUACAACUGUGUUACGCUUCAGAUUCCCCUUUCAUAAAGAUGUCAUCCCUGCGAAGACGAGCCCGUUCAAGAAGGAAGGGGCAGACAAUGUUUCAAGUCGUUUUAAUUGCAAGGGAGCUGCUCCCCCACACUUGAGCAUUGGAAUUCUAAGGAUUCCAGAAGAAAGGGUUUAAAACUCAAAUUAACUAUGUUGGAUGCAUUCGCCAAGUUGCUCAAUUAAAGGGAAUGAGUGGAGUUGUGUUAUUGCAAAGGAUUACGAGGGACUUCUGCAUACCUACCCCUGACCUGUGGAUAAGAAUGUGCAAAGGAGCAGAUGGAUUAUAACUGGGUAUACAGUCGAGUGUGAUAAACCAUCUGUGUGGAAUAAGGAUGCUAUCUUUGUUAAUUAAAGCACCCAGGCAGAGAGGGAGAAGCAGUCAUGAACAUUAAGCUGUGGGUAUGCAAAGAAAAAGGAGACUGAGUCUGGCGAGACAAAGGACAAAAGGUGGUGAUAUUAAGGAAGCGCGAAGGAGAGCCAUAUUUGAAGAAGGAACGACAAAGAUUCUAAAAAUGGUAGAAGUCAACUAUCCAGAUCUUUUUCAGGCAGAUGAUAUCACAAAAUUCAAGAAAGCUGAGAAUGUAUCUAUGGCAAUAGCCGAAGAGAGAAAGAAAAUCAGUGAACUACAGCAGGCUAUUAAUGACAUUCACCGCAAGUUAGAUGAGGAAUGGAUUGUUUGGCAUGGAGCCCUAUAUACAUUUGACUUCAUUGCCACCCCAAGGACUUGGAAACAGUGCAUACAACUCUGCAACAGCAUGAAAUACAAUACAAAUUUGUUAUGUGUUGAAAGUGAUGAGGAGGAGGCCUUUGCUGUAUCCAGAGUGAAGAACAAACCGACCGAUUAUUUUAUUGGAGUUUCCAUGGUAGGCUCAGAAUGGCAUUGCUAUGAUAGAUCGUUUAGAAUCAAGAAACUGGUAACAGCCGGUCCUGAUCCCCCGGUGACUCACCUCCCUGUCUCGCCCGAAGGCCUCUCCUUCUCUCAGUCCUCAGUCUCUGCAUCUCGGGAGACACUGGUGGGUUACUAG